AUGCCUUCAGGCUGCACUGGUGCUGGCUGCUGGAAUGGGACAGAAAGUAAACAGUGGAUUUCCACCCCUCUGCUUCUAUGUGCCAUUGGAUUCUUCUCAAUGAUGAGGCCAAUUGAUUCAUUUUUGGUGGCUUAUGUAACUGGACCAGAUAAAAACUUCACCGUUGAACAGAUGAUGAAUGAAGUAUUACCAGUAAUGACUUACACUUACUUGGCAGUGUCAGUGCCUGUCUUCCUGCUCACAGAUUAUUUAAAAUAUAAACCAGUUAUAGUUUGUCACUGUGUUGCCUCAACUAUUGGCAUGAGUUUAAUCACCUUUGGACAACAUGUUUUGGUCAUGCAGCUUUCAGUAGUUUGCUAUGGCAUAAUGACUGCUACUGUUGUCGCUUGUUUCUCUUACAUUUACAAUGUUGUGAGUUUGGAGCACUAUCAGAAAGUGACAAGUUACUAUCAGAGUGUCACAUUGAUUGGAAACACCUUUGCUUCAAUCCUGGCACAAGUCCUGGUUACUGUUUGGAGUGUCUCUUAUUUCUGUUUGAACAUUGUCUCGCUGGUCUCUGUGUCUGUAGCCCUCCUUUUUUCUAUUUUCCUGCCAAUGCCCAAGAGAAGCAUGUUCUUCCACAGGAUAGAGAAAUCUGAAACCAUCCAAAAUCCACCAUUACCUGAAGCUGUUAGGCCAGUGUCUGAAAGCACCAGUUCUGCAAAUAACUUGGAUGAAGAGGUACAGAAACAAGAUGCUGAUGGUCCGAUGAAGGGAAAAGGUCAUCACAGUGUAAAAGAUGUCUUUGUCCAACUGUGGUCUGAUUUCAAAGCUUGUUACACUUCUCCACAACUCCUCUGCUGGUCCAUUUGGUGGGCAUUAGCCACUGCUGGCUAUCAUCUCAUCGUGUACUACAUGCAGGUGCUGUGGAAACACAUUGAGCCAUUCCAGAAUACCAGGCUGUAUAAUGGUGGAGCAGAGGCUGUGUCAAACAUUGUGGGGGCUUCUACUGCUUUUGUAAUUGGACAUGUCAAAGUAAAUUGGACAACGUGGGGGGAACUGAUACUGGGAAUCUUCUCAGCUGUGAACAGCGGUAUAUUAUACACCAUGGCUUUGUCAAAUCAUAUCUGGGUUUGUUAUGCUGGUUUUGUUUUAUUCAAGGGAUCUUACAUGCUGCUGAAUACUGUCGCAAUGUUUCAGAUAGCAGCUAACUUGGAGAUGGGGCAUCAUGCAUUAGUGCUUGGCAUCAACUCUACGGUGGCCUUGAUACUCCAAACCAUCCUAACCAUUGUUGUGAUUGAUUCAAGAGGCCUAGCUUUGGAUAUUAUCACCCAGGUUCUCAUUUGGGGAAGUUACUUUGCAGCAAUAGCAGGACUUUUCCUAAUCAGAGGAAUCUACACGCUUUUUACAAACAGACGGGCACAGACUGUCAAUACAAAUACCUCUCUCCCCAGAAAUGAGAGAGAAAUUACAGCGUUGUGA